AUGGUGCUGGCCAACCAGAGCGCUGUGAGAGAAUUUGUGCUGCUGGGGUUCCCUCACCUGCAUCAUCUGGGCUUCCUGCUCUUCCUGGUGCACCUGAUGAUUUACCUCCUGACGCUUUCUGGGAAUGUGGUUAUCAUCGCCAUCACCUGGGCUGACCACCGCCUCCACACCCCCAUGUACUUCUUCCUCAGGAACUUUUCCUUCCUUGAGAUCUGUUUCACCAGCGUCAUCGUCCCCAAGAUGCUGGCCAAUUUCCUCUCAGAGGACAAGACCAUCUCCUUCGCUGGCUGCAUCGCACAGGCCUUCUUCUACCUUUCCCUGGGAGUCUCUGAGUUCCUUCUCUUGGCAGCUAUGUCUGUGGACCGCUACGUGGCCAUUUGUUACCCGCUGCACUACAUGGCCAUCAUGAGCGGCAGGGUCUGCACCUUCAUGGUGCUUACUUCUUGGUUUGGUGGCUUCUUCUUCAUCAUUGGCCAUAUCAUGAUGAUCUCCCAGCUCUCCUUCUGUGGCCCCAACGUCCUCAACCAUUUCUUCUGUGACCUGGGGCCCCUCGUCAGCCUCUCCUGCUCCAACACACACCUGGUGGAAUCAAUGGACUUCCUGGUAGCAGCUGUUGUUUUGCUGGGUUCUUUGGCCAUCACCGCGGUCUCCUAUUCCUACAUUGUUGCUACCGUCAUCCGCAUCCCCUCAGCCAAAGAGCGACGUAAGGCCUUCUCCACCUGCUCCUCACACAUCAUUGUCCUGAGCAUCGUCUAUGGCAGCUGCAUCUUCAUGUAUGUCCGUCCAAAGCAGCGUGAUGGACUGGACAUCACCAAAGGGGUGGCCAUCCUCAACACGGUAAUCACUCCCAUGCUCAACCCCUUCAUCUACUCGCUGAGGAACAAGCAGGUCAUACAGGUGUGGCAACAUCUCACUUUUAGAUGCCUAGCUAACUAG